GGAGAGCCGGAGACUGAGAGGAGGCGGCGGCGGGGGCGGGGCGACUCCGGUGACCGGGAGCGCCUCAGACUGGCAGCUGCGGCGACUCCCCCCUUUGUGUCUGGUCUGCUCGGAACCGCUGGAGGUGCUUCCCGGAGGGGCUCAGGGUGUUUCGCAAGCUCAGCUGCCCACCCCCUUCCUCCGCCACCUACGUCCGUCUUCCCGCCGCCCCCCGCCCUCGGUCCGCGACGCCCGAGCUCCGCCCGGAGCCCAGAGCUGCGGAGAACGAGGCGGCGGCGGCGGCGGCGGCGGCAGAGACAGCGGCGGCGGCUUUCUCCAGAGGGGCUGUGAUUCGCUCCCGCAAGCCAUCGACGGGAGGAGACCGGGCUUUCAUGGUGGAAUUUACUUCAGGCAAGAGCGAGGGGCUGGAGUAGCCGAGAGCGAGGCCGCGGGCGGAGCGCCCUCGAAGGGCCAGCCCCGCACCUCCCCGCGUGUCGCUCGCCCGGGCUCGCCGCGCUGCCGCGACCCUCCCCUCCCCCGCGCCCCGAGGCCCGGCCUGCGCGACCCUCGCGCGAUUGUUCCGAGGAAGCUGUGGGCUCGCCCAUGGAAGCAGGCACCUUUUUCGACCCAGUCGGUGGGAAGGAUUUGUUGAUGUCGAAAUCCGAGUGAAGGAAGCAACGAAGCGAAACUUUAAAAGGAACCCCACUGUCCUCCGAGUCCGGAGCGAUGCUACUCGGGCGGCCGGGCGCCGCUGCCUGCCCCGCUUCGCCCUUCCCAGCGGUCGGAAACUUGUUCUGAUCCUCAGUGCUCCCAUCGAGUCCCCGCCCUCCACCCCCCGGCACUCUGGAUAUGUUUUCUCCCAGAUCUGGGUAUUUUUUUGAUAUCGUGAAACUACGAGGGAAAUAAUUGCAGGGGUUUCUUCUGGGCUCCCUGCGUCUUCCCCAUGGACAUGCCUUCAAUUUGGGGAGCCGAGGCACUCCGUCCUAGGCGAAUGAAGCCCCCCAGCCACGAGGGAGCGAAAUGAAGGGGAAUUCUGCAGUGGAAUGAGAGCUCUACUAGCUAGGUCCUCGCAUCUGCCAUUUGUCCUUUCAAACUGCAUUGUAAUCCGGGCAGGAUAAAUCAGACGAAGAGCAGCCUCCUAGCCGGAUUUCUCCGCCCGAAUUUACUUUCCAGAUUUCUUUUCUUUGCCCUCCUGCUUCUUGGCUGGCCCAGGGAUGACUUCCUCGCUGCAUCGGCCCUUUCGGGUGCCCUGGCUGCUAUGGGCCGUCCUGCUGGUCAGCACUACGGCUGCUUCCCAGAAUCAAGAACGGCUGUGUGCUUUUAAAGAUCCAUAUCAACAAGACCUUGGGAUAGGUGAGAGUCGAAUCUCUCAUGAAAAUGGGACAAUAUUAUGUUCCAAAGGGAGCACGUGUUAUGGUCUGUGGGAGAAAUCAAAAGGGGACAUCAAUCUUGUGAAACAAGGAUGUUGGUCUCACAUCGGUGAUCCCCAAGAGUGCCACUAUGAAGAGUGUGUAGUAACUACCACCCCACCCUCAAUUCAGAACGGAACAUACCGCUUUUGCUGCUGUAGUACAGAUUUAUGUAAUGUCAACUUUACUGAGAACUUUCCACCCCCUGACACAACACCACUCAGUCCACCUCAUUCAUUUAAUCGAGAUGAAACGAUAAUCAUUGCUUUGGCAUCAGUUUCUGUAUUAGCUGUUUUGAUAGUCGCCUUAUGUUUUGGAUACAGAAUGUUGACAGGAGACCGGAAACAGGGUCUUCACAGCAUGAACAUGAUGGAGGCAGCAGCAGCAGAGCCCUCCCUUGACCUGGAUAACCUGAAGCUGCUGGAGCUGAUUGGACGGGGUCGAUACGGAGCAGUAUAUAAAGGUUCCUUGGAUGAGCGUCCAGUUGCUGUAAAAGUGUUUUCUUUUGCAAACCGUCAGAAUUUUAUAAAUGAAAAAAACAUUUACAGAGUGCCUUUGAUGGAACAUGACAACAUUGCUCGCUUCAUAGUUGGAGACGAGAGGCUCACUGCAGACGGACGCAUGGAGUAUUUGCUUGUGAUGGAGUAUUAUCCCAAUGGAUCUCUGUGCAAAUAUCUGAGUCUCCACACAAGUGAUUGGGUAAGCUCUUGCCGUCUGGCUCAUUCUGUGACUAGAGGACUGGCUUAUCUUCACACAGAAUUACCACGAGGAGAUCAUUAUAAACCUGCAAUCUCCCACCGAGAUUUAAACAGCAGGAAUGUCCUGGUAAAGAAUGACGGCACGUGUGUUAUCAGUGACUUUGGUUUAUCCAUGAGGCUAACUGGAAAUAGGCUGGUGCGCCCAGGGGAAGAAGAUAAUGCGGCUAUAAGUGAGGUUGGCACAAUUCGCUAUAUGGCACCAGAAGUGCUAGAAGGAGCUGUGAACCUGAGGGACUGUGAGUCAGCUCUGAAGCAAGUGGACAUGUAUGCGCUUGGACUCAUCUACUGGGAGGUGUUUAUGAGGUGUACAGACCUCUUCCCAGGUGAAUCUGUACCAGAUUACCAGAUGGCUUUUCAGACAGAAGUUGGAAACCAUCCCACAUUUGAGGAUAUGCAGGUUCUUGUGUCCAGAGAAAAGCAGAGACCCAAGUUCCCAGAAGCCUGGAAAGAAAAUAGCCUGGCAGUGAGGUCACUCAAGGAAACAAUUGAAGACUGCUGGGACCAGGAUGCAGAGGCUCGGCUCACAGCACAGUGUGCGGAGGAGAGAAUGGCUGAACUCAUGAUGAUAUGGGAGAGAAGCAAGUCUGUGAGCCCAACAGUCAACCCAAUGUCAACUGCUAUGCAGAACGAACGCAACCUGUCACAUAAUAGGCGUGUGCCAAAAAUCGGGCCUUACCCAGAUUAUUCCUCUUCCUCAUAUAUUGAAGACUCUAUCCAUCAUACUGACAGCAUUGUGAAGAAUAUUUCCUCUGAGCAUUCGAUGUCCAGCACACCAUUGACAAUAGGAGAAAAGAACCGAAACUCAAUUAAUUAUGAACGACAGCAAGCACAAGCUCGAAUCCCUAGCCCAGAAACAAGUGUCACAAGCCUGUCCACAAACACAACCACCACAAACACCACCGGCCUCACUCCAAGUACUGGCAUGACCACUAUAUCUGAGAUGCCAUACCCAGAUGAGACACAUUUGCAUGCCACAAAUGUUGCACAGUCGAUCGGGCCAACCCCUGUCUGCUUACAGCUGACAGAAGAAGACUUGGAGACUAAUAAGCUAGAUCCAAAAGAAGUUGAUAAGAACCUCAAGGAAAGCUCUGAUGAGAAUCUCAUGGAGCAUUCUCUGAAGCAGUUCAGUGGGCCAGACCCAUUGAGCAGUACCAGUUCUAGCUUGCUUUAUCCGCUCAUAAAGCUCGCAGUGGAAGUGACUGGACAACAGGACUUCACACAGGCUGCAAAUGGGCAAGCAUGUUUAAUUCCUGAUGUUCCACCUGCUCAGAUCUAUCCUCUCCCUAAGCAACAGAACCUUCCUAAGAGACCUACUAGUUUGCCUUUGAACACCAAAAACUCAACAAAAGAACCCCGGCUAAAAUUUGGCAACAAGCACAAAUCAAACUUGAAACAAGUAGAAACUGGAGUUGCCAAGAUGAAUACAAUCAAUGCAGCAGAGCCUCAUGUGGUGACAGUAACUAUGAAUGGUGUGGCAGGUAGAAGCCACAAUGUUAAUUCCCAUGCUGCCACAACCCAGUAUGCCAAUGGCGCAGUGCCAGCUGGCCAGGCAGCCAACAUAGUGGCACAUAGGUCCCAAGAAAUGCUGCAGAAUCAAUUUAUUGGUGAGGAUACCAGGCUGAAUAUCAAUUCCAGUCCUGAUGAGCAUGAACCUUUACUGAGACGAGAGCAACAGGCUGGCCAUGAUGAAGGGGUUCUGGAUCGUUUGGUAGAUAGGAGGGAACGGCCAUUAGAAGGUGGCCGAACGAAUUCCAAUAACAACAACAGUAAUCCAUGUUCAGAACAAGAUAUCCUUACACAAGGUGUUACAAGCACAGCUGCAGAUCCCGGGCCAUCAAAGCCCAGAAGAGCACAGAGGCCCAAUUCUCUGGAUCUUUCAGCCACAAAUAUCCUGGAUGGCAGCAGUAUACAGAGUGAGUCAACACAAGAUGGCAAAUCAGGAUCAGGUGAAAAGAUCAAGAGACGUGUGAAAACUCCGUACUCUCUUAAGCGGUGGCGCCCGUCCACCUGGGUCAUCUCCACCGAGCCACUGGACUGUGAGGUCAACAACAACGGCAGUGACAGGGCAGUACAUUCUAAAUCUAGCACUGCUGUGUACCUUGCAGAGGGAGGCACUGCCACGACCACAGUGUCUAAAGAUAUAGGAAUGAAUUGUCUGUGAGAUGUUUUCAAGCUUAUGGAGUGAAAUUAUUUUUUUGCAUCAUUUAAACAUGCAGAAGACAUUAAAAAAAAAACUGCUUUAACCUCCUGUCAGCACCCCUUCCCACCCCUGCAGCAAGGACUUGCUUUAAAUAGAUUUCAGCUAUGCAGAAAAUUUUAGCUUAUGCUUCCAUAAUUUUUAAUUUUGUUUUUUAAGUUUUGCACUUUUGUUUAGUCUCGCUAAAGUUAUAUUUGUCUGUUAUGACCACAUUAUAUGUGUGCUUAUCAAAAGUGGUCUCAAAAUAUUUUUUUUAAGAAAAAAGCAAAAACAAUGGAUUGCUGAUAAUCAGUUUGGACCAUUUUCUAAAGGUCAUUAAAACAGAAGCAAAUUGAGACAGGUUUGACUGCAAUGGUGUCUGGUAUCCAUGUUUUAUUUCUGGGCACAAGCUAGUUAUGUGUUGACGUGUUUUGACCAUAAUCUGUUGGACAUUCUUUUCUUGUGUAUUUUAUUUGAAUGUGCAAUAGUCUAUAGACCACAAAGAAGCUUUCUUACCUGCCCUCUCCUAGCAGGGCACACAUUCUUCCAUUGUUGAAACAUUUUUUCCCAUUCUUCGAUAAUAUGAACAUUGUCUAGCUUUCUCCUCAUGGAGAUACAUAGACGCUCUCCAAAGGGCUCCACAAAGGACUUAUCAAAACCUUUUUUGAAAUGCCUUUGUCUUCUAACCUUCCAAAUGCUACUAUGGUUUCCUUCCAGGCAUUUUAAUAAGCAUAUCUGGUUCUGAUUUUGGAAGUUCAUAAGAGAGCAUAGAACAAAACAGAAGAAAGCAAAUAUUAGCCUUUUCCAUUUUAUUUUUCUAUGUAUAUGUUCAUGUCUGUAUUCAUUAUUUAAGAAAUAUUUUUUAUCAGAAAAUGUAUAGAGCUGAACCUACAUGGAGUUUUUAAGUAAGUAGCUGGGCAAGGUGACUAGUAUAGUAACUUUCAUUGUCUGACCAUCACAAAUUAAAUUACAUUUUCUAUUUAUAAUAACUUCAGAAGUAAGUGAUAGUUGAUUUGAAUCUAUAAUACGUAUGGUUCGUUAUUUCCCAGCACAGCCUGAUAGUUCUGUGUGAAAAAAACGACUCCUCCUCCCAUGACCUAAAACACUGUGGAAAGCUCAUCCACCCAGCAUGCCAGAUCCCUGUGGAAGAAAGGCUUGCUGCAGCUUACCACCAUUGUGCACACUAAGACUGACCCUCUGUCUUUCCUCAGUUUAUUUCUUCACUAAUCCUGGCUUUGUAGUUUCCCCUUCUGCCAGCUUCCUGUGUUCUUUGAUGCGAGCAGCAUUCACUGUGUGUGUUGUAGUAGAGCAUACUUCUGGUGGUGAUGCACCGUGACAUCGCUGUCACGUGGCUUCUGGUGCUGCUGUACCUUGAUGUUGCUGUCCUGCGGCUUCUGCUUCUUUUGAAACUAAUGAUCUCUGAAACGACAGUCUCUGUGUCUUUCCAUAAAGACUUUCUGUCAAAACUUGAGGGAUUUUCCCUCAACAUUGCUUCUUAUCAGUUUGCAGACAAAUUGUUCCCGUGUGUUUUCAAAUUCUCAGAAUCCUUAAUAUCCAUUAUCUGAUUACGUUUUCAAGUUUAGCAGGGAGAUAAAAAGUUAAGUGCAAAUCUCCAAAUUCCUGAUUUUGGUUCUUCUGUCUUGAACACCGUUUUCUUAUCUGUAAUCCUCUUUCCUUCCGUUUAACUCGUACAGGAGCUUCCUUCACUUACCAUCUGCUGUGCUCUGAUGUCACAGCAUUUACCGUUUGGUCAGCUGGGAUGCUGACUGGAGCUCAGUUCAGAUUAUCUCACUUGUGCCCAGGAUUCCUUUCUCACCUUUGGGUUUCACUGGCCCUCUUAUGGUUCAGAGUCUUAAUAUAUAUUUUUGUCUUCUAACAUUCAGGUUUUGUUUUUUCUUUCUAAUUAGUUACUGUCCUUUGUCUAUUUAACAAAUAGUUUGUAUCUUUCACUUAUUUCUUUCGUCCAAAUGGCUUUCAAAUGCAUUUUAGAAUUUUAAUUUUCAGUUGUAGUACAACUUUAAAAUAAGUUAUAUUCCUCCCAUCUCCAAUUUGAAACAUUAAGAAUAAAUGACUCUUUGAGGUCCAGAAGAUCUUUUCCUGUCAGAAAAAUUGUCUUACAUUCUGAUACAGUUUGUAUUAGGACCAGUCAGUUGUGAAUUUUCCAAGUCUUUUAAUGUUUAUUAACGGAAUGCUUUAACAAUGAAUAUGCCAGAUAAAAGAAAUCUGUAAUUUCCCAUCUCAUUCAAAUAUAUUUAAAACAAAUAAUUCCUUGAACUGCUUGAAGAAUAGGAAAGGUAGUAAGUGUAGGUCAUUUUAAUAAAUUUUCAAGUCUAUAAUACACAGCAUGCAGAAAUCCCUUUAAUAACUUAAAUUACUGGUUAGAUUUAUUUAAUCUGAUUCUUGAAGCUAAAAUGGAAUUUACCACAAAAUUUUACACACACAAAUUAAUUUUAGGCCUUUUGAAUAAAAGCCAUUCAAUUUAAAAAGAUUUCUCUGGACAAUAAUAUAAUCUUAAAAAUAUCAUAAUAGGACAUCAGAGUAUGAUGUUAGUUCCCUUAAGAAAAUACUAUUGUGGGGCUGGAGAGAUGGCAUAACAAUAACAGUGCUUCCUGUGCUAACAGAGGACCAAGUUCAGUUCCCAGCAGCUACAUGGCAGCUCACAACUUCCACAGGAUCCAGGUCCCUGCUUUGGCCUCCAGUGACAUGCAUGUAACACCCCAUCCCACCCCAACACACACACACACACACACACAACUAUAAAUGACAGAGGAAAUCUUAAAAUACUAGUUAUACACCAGAGUUCAGUAAUGGAAAGAAUGUGGUUUGAAUUAUGUAUAGAAUAAAAUUAUUUAAAUAAAAAUCCUAAAUAAUUUAAAUGUAUAAUUUAAAAAACAUGGCUACUAUUCAAGUUUGUGAAGACCUCUGCUGAAAACUGGCAUUACAUACACUUAUUUUUUUCAUCCUCAAAGCAACCAUAUUAUAAUAUUCAUAUUUUGCAAAUGAGGGAAUAAAAAUUAAUAGGAAAUUUGUCUUCUAAGUUUUAUACCCAGCCACACCUGGGAGUUCACUCUGGGUCCAUAUCUCCAUAUGUCUUUUAUGCACAACACACGGUCCACUUUCUUUAUGAACUGAUGUGCAGUGUACUGACAUGUACUCUAGCAGACCUGGGUUUGCGUGUAAGCCAAAUGAUCUUAAGUACCUAAUGAUCUUAAGUUAGGUAAAUAAAGGCCCAUAAUCACAAACAAUUCCUAACUCAAUACAAAAUUCAGCCUACAUCAUUUUACCUGCCUCCUCCUAUUCUUACAUUGCAGAUGAAAGGCUAAGUAAGUGUUCAGAGACACGUGAAGGGAGCUGAGGGAGCAAGCUCCUUAGCGUGAUCCCAUCCAUACCUCUCUUCGGAAAAGGAGUUGCAUGCAAGUUUACAGCUUUCUUAAUCCUUUGACUCCAUCUUUAAAAUUUCAGCUUUACCAAUGUCAGAAAAAUGGUUAAUCCAGAGAACUAAAUAAUCUGUAGAAAGAAUACAAGGCUAAUACUCAUUUUAUAAAGCAGGCUAGUAUUGCUUCCAUAUGUGUGUAUGCAUGUUCCAGAACCUGUUUGUUGGUUCUGAAUGAGAACAUACAGAGCACGCAAUCAGUGGGAAUUACAAUUUAUUUUUUUUGAAAAAAGACAUUUUUUAAAAACUUUAUUUAUUUAAUGUAUGAGUGCUCUGCUGCA